UUAUAUUUAAAACUUCCUCAUUAGUAUACUACAACCUGCCAUACCGAGCUCACUCGUUUAUCUGCCCCAGCUUUUAUUACCAACCUAAUACACAAUGUGUGACGAAGACGUUGCCGCUCUGGUCAUUGAUAAUGGCUCUGGUAUGUGCAAGGCCGGUUUUGCCGGAGACGAUGCUCCCCGUGCAGUGUUCCCAUCAAUUGUGGGCAGACCCCGUCACCAGGGUGUCAUGGUGGGUAUGGGUCAGAAGGACAGCUAUGUCGGUGAUGAGGCCCAGAGCAAGAGAGGUAUCCUCACCCUGAAGUACCCCAUUGAACACGGCAUCGUCACCAACUGGGACGAUAUGGAGAAGAUCUGGCAUCACACCUUUUACAAUGAGCUGCGUGUGGCCCCAGAAGAGCACCCAGUCCUGUUGACAGAGGCUCCACUGAAUCCCAAGGCCAACAGGGAAAAGAUGACCCAGAUCAUGUUCGAGACCUUCAAUGCUCCAGCCAUGUACGUCGCCAUCCAGGCUGUAUUGUCCCUAUAUGCCUCUGGUCGUACCACGGGUAUUGUGCUCGACUCCGGAGAUGGUGUCACCCACACCGUACCCAUCUACGAGGGUUACGCCCUCCCCCACGCUAUUUUACGUCUCGACCUCGCAGGUCGUGACCUUACAGACUAUCUCAUGAAAAUCCUCACUGAGCGUGGUUAUUCUUUUACUACCACAGCUGAGAGAGAAAUCGUGCGUGACAUCAAGGAAAAGCUGUGUUAUGUUGCCUUGGACUUUGAACAGGAAAUGGGCACCGCAGCGUCGUCGUCCUCACUGGAAAAGAGCUACGAGUUGCCUGAUGGGCAGGUCAUCACGAUCGGUAAUGAGAGGUUUAGGUGUCCCGAGGCUCUCUUCCAGCCAUCUUUCUUGGGCAUGGAGGCUGCUGGUAUUCACGAAACGACCUACAACUCCAUCAUGAAAUGCGACGUCGACAUCCGUAAAGAUCUGUACGCGAACACCGUGCUGUCAGGAGGCUGCACCAUGUUCCCAGGUAUUGCUGACCGCAUGCAGAAAGAGAUCACGGCUCUUGCUCCAAGCACAAUGAAGAUCAAGAUCAUCGCUCCACCAGAGAGAAAAUACUCCGUAUGGAUCGGUGGCUCCAUCUUAGCCUCUCUGUCCACUUUCCAACAGAUGUGGAUCAGCAAACAAGAGUACGACGAGUCUGGCCCAAGCAUUGUGCAUAGGAAAUGCUUCUAAAUUAACUGAUUAAUUUCGUUUUUAUCUUUAUCCAUUUUUAUCCUUCAAAUUGAGAACAUUUGCCUGGUGUUGCAUGUGACAUUGUGGAAGAGAGUUUUGUUAUUUUUGUGUUUGGCGAGGUGAAAUCUCAACAUGUUUUAUUUCUCAUUCCUUUUCGUUUCCCAACGAAUUUGCGCGCAUAUCUGACUUUUGUACGCUAUAAAAAGUUGUAAAGCUGUUUGCAUUUUGUCCAAGCCCAGGAACGAAGGUUCUGGGUUAGUGAAGCUAUGAGGAUCAAAAGUAAUACAUUUCGUCCAAGUGUCGAAGCUUUUGUCAAAAAGCGAUGGCCACUGAAAUCAAUUGCUUUAUCAUGUUUAGUCGCUCACAAUUGUACGUAUUAUAUAGUCUUAUUUUUGUACUUUUAAAGCUAGAACUAUUGUUUAACGUUAUUGUUCUUUUUAAUCUGUGGUAACGCUAUUUAUACGUUGCUGCUAACCCUCCAAAGAUCUGUCUUGUAUUUACAUGCUGCUAUGGACAGUAUUAAACCUGUAAAUACUAUCAA